GCUGAUUGAAAGGAGGACUGCUGCAACUCGAGUCAUCACAUCCGCCUUGAUUUCACCCGGUGGUCUCUUUCACUUUUUUCCUGCCCGUCUCUCUCUAAACCCUAACCCUAAAACCCUAACCCAGGAGACACCACAGUUAUGCCGCCGCGGAAUGGGUUUCCCGCCUCCAGGAGCUGUGGCAGCUGCAGAGCUGUCAAGCGACGAUGCGACCUACAGACUCCCCAAUGUGGACAGUGUAUGCGCAAGGGGGAAAAGUGCCCUGGAUACCGAGAUGAAUGGGAGCUCGUGUUCCGCGACCAGACAACCCGAACCAUCAAACAGCACAAGGCGAAAACCGCAAGAAAGAUGGGCUCCAUCAGUCACUCAACUCCAUCUGCUUGCAACCUGAACGCCGGCGCCGGCGUCGACCUCCAUUCCUUGGGCCACCAACAGUUGUUACCCCCAGCCGUCACCACCAGCCCGAUGAUGCGGCAUCAAGUCUUUUCGUCAUACCUUGAUGGAUACUUCCCCAACGAGACGGGAUCCUCAAUUGAUAAAUUGCGAUUUAUCAUUUCAGGCAUCUCGGCGCUGCCUCGAAAGAAUAUAAUGCUAGAAAAGGCCCUCUCCGCGCUACCAUGUGUGUUUCUAGGCAAGAUACACUCGGACAACCAUCUCUUGCAGCAUGGGCUUCAACUGUACAACAGUGCCAUCCAGUACAUGUUGUAUUUCAUCAGCCGCAAGGCGUAUACUGAUGACAUUAUCUAUACCUGUGUCAUUUUCCUGCAGAUCCAGGCCCACCAUUGUCCAUCCAGCCUGGGGGAAUGGCUUGCUCAUGUAGAUGGAUUGACCGCAAUUAUGAAAUACUAUGAUCCCAAAACGUUUACCAGUCCCAUCCUGGCUGUCAUCCAUGGCCAAUACCACCGGUUCAAAGUGCUUAUCGCGAGGCUUACCUACCAUUCCGAAGAGACAAUUGCGUGGUUGAAGCAGCCCUUUGGGGGAGACGGGGCGAUGAAGGAUUUCAUCAUGAACUUGGUAGAGAUCUCACGCAUUGCUGCUGCUAUUGACACCAUCGACGUCUCCGAUCAGAAUGCUUGCCAAUCUCUGCUGGAAGACUCCCUGGCCCUGGAGAAGAGCCACAUGGAUUUAUACGCCCAGAUCGACGGAAAUACAGGCGGAGAGGCCCCGACAUAUGCCCGGGGGGAAUUAAAGACCGGCGUACCUGCCACAGACGACUUAUUCGGCCCUGCCUAUCGCUUCUCCUCCCUGGACGACGCCCUGCUCCAUAUGUUCUUCUGGCUGUCGUUAUCGUUCGUGCAUCCGCUCAUCUGCCAGUGCCAGGUUCUUGCCAAAACCGAAGCGCCGGGCAACUAUUCGCAAAGUGAGGCACUCCGCAUUUCCACCUUCUGCGUCAACCAAGCGGUCCGAUGUCUUCCGUACUGUGGGCAAGAGGGCAUGAAUCUAUGGGGCAUCUACUACGGGGUCCUCUGCGCCGUUCAGGUCGUCCGGGUCUACUGCCACGUCCGGGAUUGGGAUCGCUUUCUUUGGGCGCAGGAUCUCUUCGCCUAUCUGAAGGCGUUGGGCUUCGACCAUGCUGCUCACGUCGGUGACAUCUGGGCCGCGUAUUGGUUUGAUUCGAGCCGGCACCAUUUCUACCGGACCAUGGAUUACGGAAAGGUGACCGACCAAAAGGACUCGAUCUACAAGGGGACUGAGGCAACAUCUAGCCAUCAGAAUGGCUGAACAUACUACAGGUCUUUUGGAUUUACUCCGGAGUAGAAAGCUUCGUCAUAUCAAUACCCACUAUAAUACGAU